CUCCCCCCUCCACCCCCUUAAUAGGAACACAGGUGACCAUGAAGCCUGACACCAUUCUCCAGUUUGAUGUCGGAGGGACGCUGUUCAAGGCCCGGUGGUCGCUGUUUGGCAACUCGCCGGCUGUUGCGGCGCUCUUCCCCAAGCCGAAGAAGUCAUUGUGUGUCUUCCUGGACUGGGAUGCAGACUCGUUUGCCAGGGUUCUCUCGUUGCUCCGCUAUCGCUCGCUGGCGGCCGUGCCGGCCAACGCUCUCGCGCCCGACGAGACAUGGCGCCUGGUGCGGGAUCUCGAGCGUCUAGGCUUGUGGGCCGACGGCGCUCCGGCCGAGGGCAUUGAUGCAGAGACUGCUGCCACCCUCGAGCCGCUGGUGGCGCUGCUGACCGACCACCCGCUCGCCACCGCCGAGACCGCCGCCAACGCCGCCGACGCGUCCGACUCCGCCCCCAAGACCAAGUACGGUUGCGGCCGCGUCGGCCUCGGCUCGGAGCUCCUGUUCGACAAGACCGUUGACGUCGAGCGCGCCGUCAAGUACAACAUCCAUUGCGGGACUGCGGCGUUCAAGCUCUCCGAGGUCAUCACCAACGACGACGGCGACGUCGAUGUCGUUCCGCGCCUCAUCACCCUCAACCGCAUCAAGGCCAAGCUGCAGGAGCCCAAUGGCCGUGCCCUGCGCAAGGCGCCGUACACCCAUGACGCCAUCCAUGUCAAGAUUGACCCCACCGUCCACGCCCCCACCCAGUUCUCGCUCACUCUCCGCGAUCAGCACUUUACCAUCGAGUGCCCCACCCAUGCCGAGGCCCUCAUCGCUGCGCUCUCCAUUCGUCGCUUUAAGGAGAAGUUCAUGGUGGUCACUCGCCUCGAGACAUAACAUCCUCUCAUGCUGCAGAUCCCGACACCGAUCCGCCUGCGCUCCCAAACAGAGGCCUCUUGCCCCCGAUCGGAAGCAGCGAAAAGAGCACAAGCACACAGCCCCACAGCAGCAUGAGGAUCGUUACAAUGAGCCCCAGUCCGCCCGUGCUGAUGAUGAGCACGCCGAGGAAGAUGAACCAAAAGCCCAUGCCCCA